GCGGGCGCAAGCCCGAUGACCUCUGCAGAGUCGUCCCUGCCAGUGUGGGGACCGAGAGGAGGAGGUCGGUGUCGUUUGGGGAGGUCACGGUGCCGGUGACGUUUGACGACGUGUCCGUCUAUUUCAACGACAAGGAAUGGGAGAAGCUGGAGGAGUGGCAGAAGGAGCUCUACAAGAACGUGAUGAAGGGGAACUACGAGUCGCUGAUCUCCCUGGACUAUGCAAUUUCCAAACCUGGUGUUUUGUCUCAGAUCGAGCAAGGAGAGGAAUCGCGGGUCAGGAACGAGCAGGACUUGGAGGAGAGCGAGAUCAUUACCGAUGCCACCGCAG